AUGGCUGUCUCUGAGAUAACAGAUGGGGACUCGAACUUCAGAAGAACAAAAGUAGUCACCAUUGUUCUGAUAGUCUCAGCAGCAGCAUUGCUUCUGUCUGUAGUAGCUUUUGUGUAUAGAAACAGAAAGAAAAGGCUACAUAUGAAAGGAAACAGGGUACUUGCACUUGAUAAAAGACAUAGUAGUGUAGGGAUGGAAGAUCUUGAGGAGGUACCCUUUUUUAGUCUGAAUGAAGUAGCCAAGGCAACCAAUAAUUUCAGCAUUGAUAAUAAGAUUGGAGAAGGUGGAUUCGGUCCAGUUUAUAAGACACAUCAGAACAAAGGGAUUGAAGAGUUCGAGAAUGAAGUAAUUUGUAUUGCAAAACUUCAACAUCGGAAUCUUGUGAAGCUUCUUGGAUACUGCAUUCAUGGAAAUGAAAUGAUUUUGAUUUAUGAAUACAUGGUUAACAAAAGCUUGGACUCAUUCAUAUACGAUAAUACGCAAGGUUCGAUGCUUAAUUGGCCUCAGCGGUUUGGCAUUAUCCAUGGAAUGGCUCGAGGCAUUCUUUAUCUACAUCAAGAUUCUCGCCUUCAAAUCAUUCAUAGAGAUCUGAAAGCAGCUAAUAUUUUGUUGGAUGGUGACAUGAAUCCAAAAAUAUCCGACUUUGGCCUUGCUAGAAAUGGUUACAUUUCUCCAGAGUAUGCAUUACGGGGACGAUUCUCUGUAAAGUCAGAUGUAUUUAGCUUUGGUGUUCUAGUGUUGGAGAUAGUCAGUGGCAAAAGAAACAGGGAAUUUUCUUAUGGAGACCAUAGAGACAACCUUCUUGGACAUGCAUGGAGACUGUUCAAAGAAGAUAAGUCAAUUGAAAUGAUGAGUGCAUCUUUACGUGAGACGUGUGUAAUAUCUGAGGUAGAACGUGUGAUACAUGUUGGAUUAUUGUGUGUGCAACAUCAUGUAGAAGAUAGGCCAACUAUGUUGUCAGUGGUUUUGAUGUUGGUUGGUGAGGGUGCAUUACCUCAACCCAAACAGCCUGGCUAUUUCUCUCAAGAUAGUCAUGAAUCUAAGUCUAUUUCAUCACUCGGUGAUGAUGAAUAUAUGAUAACACUACUGUAUGCUCGUUAG